AUGGACUUGCAACCUUCUCCAGUCCGGACCUCUUGGGAAGUCGGCGAGAAUGUCAUUUUUGAGAAUCUGACGACCUUCACCGAGAUCGUCUUCCCGAAACUACAGGGCGCUCAUUCAAUAUCUCUUGUAGACUUGCCCAACCUGAUGAACGUGUCUAUGGACUCAUUGCACCUUGCGAUGAACGGUGGCUUCGAACUCUACAACACAGGAAACUUCACUCUGUCAGGUCUGGCCAGUCUCGCUGAGCUCUCACUUCCCAAUCUUGCGGUUGCCAAGGUCGUCGAGCUCAGCGACCUUCCUUCGUUGAGGAGCAUCUCCUUCCAAUCAUUGACCUCCGUGAACUCGAUCAUCAUCCUGGACACCGCGCUCUUGUCGCGUGCAGACUUUCAGGUCAUGUCGGCAUUCAGGCCGUCGCCAGAUAUCCCGGAGACCCAGGUCCAGAUCUCGAACACCAAUCUCACAGGCCUCACAGAUAUCUUCGCCGGCGCCCACAACAUCAGCCGCAUGUCUUUCAGCAACAAUCCAUCAAUGUACCAACUCAGCCUUGGUAUACUGCACACUGGUGAGCUGGAGGGCCAUGGAAGUGGCGGUUUGUCCCUGGAUUUCGCUGAGCCGCUCCAAUACAGCGACAGUGACGUUUCCUCUGUUGGUCUCCUGAACAUCACUGGCCUGCGGGACAUGAGUUCAUAUCGUGGCCCCUACAACAUCAACUCGGGUCUAGCCAUGGACACGUUCAUCGCAGCAAACAACAACAUGACGGAAAUGAGUGUACCGGCAAUACAAGCAUUGAAAGUGUUGGAAAUACACGACAAUGCAGAUUUGGAGAAUUUAAGUAUGUCGGCGGAUAUGACGAGUUGGAAAAUGGAUGUCAUUCGGAUUGUGGAUAACCCCAAGUUGGUACUGAGAAAUGAGUCUCUUUCGUCCUCUUCCUCGUUGUGGAUAUGGCCUUCGGGGAAUAUCUCUGAGAUGGUCUUUCGUGGGCAAUUCGAAACAUCAUUCUUGCAAUGA